GUGGGCAUAUCCAGAUCCCGGUGGACGGCGCCGUGUCCUGAGGAGUGUCCCGUUGCCAUUGCCAUUCCCGGGGCGUGUCCCGGUGCCGUGUCCCGGGGAGUGUCCCGUUCCCGAGGCGUGUCCCGUUGCCGUUCCCGGGGCGUGUCCCGGUGCCGUUCCCGGGGCGUGUCGCGGUGCCGUGGGCGGGCCGCGCCGAGGCCGCCAUGGCGCUGAGCGGGGCCCUGGCGCUCCGUGUCGCCUACGCGUCCUUCGGUGCCCUGAGCGGCCUCUCGGCCUUCUGCGCCUGGAGCGUCGUGCCCGCGCUGCGCCAGCCCGGCACGGCUGCGGCCGGCGGGCUCUCGGGUGUGCUGGCGCUCUGGGCCCUAAUCACGCAUGUGAUGUACCUGCAGGAUUACUGGAGGACCUGGUUAAAAGGGCUGAGGUUCUUCCUCUCCGUCGGGAUCCUCUUCUCUGCCCUCUCCGGGCUGGGCUUCUGUGCCUUCCUGGCCCUGGCCAUCACCCAGCACCAGUCCCUGACUGACCCCAAGAGCUAUUACCUGUCCUGUGUGUGGAGCUUCAUGGCGCUCAAGUGGGCGCUGCUGCUGAGCCUCUACUCGCACCGGUACCGCGCCGAGUUCGCCGACAUCAGCAUCCUCAGCGACUUCUGAGCCUCCCAGAAAGGUCUCCACCUCGACGGAAGCAGCUCCAGCACCCAAAACCCCACGGGAGCCUCCCUGGAGAGAGGAGGGAACGACCCCCAGACCCCCGACAGCCCCGGGGACCC